AUACUGGGUGGGAAUUAUGAAUUUUGGAUGCCAUCAGGAGACAUGGGACUAAUUCAGGAUGCAGCCCCUCUCCCACAGAGGAAAUACCAGGAUCUUUGUGAUAAUUGUCCUCAUUCUGUAAUGUUUCCAGAUAAAGAGCUAGAGAAGCAAUAGGGAGCUGUGCCAGGGGCCAGGCUUCCGUGAGUAUUUGGCUCCCCGCAGGCUAUUAGGGAAGUUUUUACUUGUCUCCAUCGCCUGACCAGCAAUUCAUUCAGGUUCCCCCAAGGCUGCCCCCUCAUUAGCAUGAGCCUGGGGAAGGGAGAGCUGUCUCUUUCUCAGCUGCUGAAUCUCACCCUUGGCAGAAUGAUACCAGCACUGACUGUGCCUCUGCUUUUCCUCUGUGCAACCUCUGCAUCGCCUGCAGCUGGAAGAGGAGUUCUUGUGCCGCCAGAUCCCAAGUCCAAACUGAUACCCUCCACCACCAAGGGGACACAUGCUAUAGCUAAGCCCACACCCAGCCAAGCAGCUUUAAGGCACCUAAUGGUCCCUGCUGAUAACUUUGGCUUAGAAAUGCUUACAGACCACCAACGGACACGUGCCACUCACCCACAGAGACAGGGGCAAGACCUGGCACUACCAGACAAGACAAGAGCAAAGACUAAAGUCACCUUGGACAAUAAUACUGGGCCCAGAAAGGUAAACUCUCUUUCAAACAGAGAGGCACUAGCAGGGGCCCAACCAGAGGGACGCAACUUCAUCCCCAGCUUCUUUGGAAAUUCUAAAGUGCACCAGGACAGGUCCCAGCUCAGCUCCUACUUUCAGCUUCAUACAAAGAGCAGCUCACUAACUGCCUCCCAGAAUCUCCAGGGCCGCAAAUACAGCAGGAAUAAUGAUUACGGCUCGAUGGACCAUGAAAGUAACCGGCCUGGUAAGAUGAAUCCCCACAGAGAAGAAGAGGUUGUGAGCAACUCCACCAAACCAGCCUGGGUCAUCAACCGCCAACCUUCCAGUGUUCUCUUCCAACGUCCUGCCUUCAGAAAAGGCUUUGACAACAAGGAGAUGUGUAUUGCAGAGUGCCAUAGAGACAAGGAUGAGAGGGAGGCCUACUGCAACAGUGAUUUUGCAGUGAAUGGAAUUGUUCAGGAUAUGGAAAGUGUCGGCAAAGAAAGCCGACUCCUGACUCUGCUAGUGAGCAGCGAUGGGCUGUACAAAAUGAAUCGUCUCUAUAUCAGUCCUGAUGGAUUCUUCUUCAAAGUAAAGAUCCUGGUCACAGACACCUUGAAUUGCCACAAACCUUGUCUGGACUUUAAACCAGGGGUCAGAUACAUCAUAAUGGGGCAGAUCUACCACAAGAGAAUAAUCUUCCCACAGGCUAUGCAGCACCUUCUCGGGGGCCGUUUGAGGGCAGGAGACGGCUUUAUCAAAAGCAGCAGCUACGUGCAAAGAUUUAACCGUAAGAGAGGGCGCAAGGUGUUGGCAGCUGCCCAUUCCAAAUGCAGAUGAAUGCAAGUGGACACAGAAUCAGCCCAGUCGAUCACCCUGUUCAGAUUAACCUCCUCUGCCUGGGAAAGUGCUAGCUGUCAGUUAUCCCAGGCUACUGGGAGCUCUGAGCAGUAGUCAUACCUGGAACAGUGCUACAUCCCCGUUACAGCCUAGUAGUGCAGUAGUAAGCUGUGCGGAACCCACAGUAAUAACCCACAAGGGUCCAUUGUCCCAGCUGAUUGGCUGCUGAAGUUCUCACCUAAUACAUUCCACCUUUUGCUCUAGUGCCUACCCACAGGCAAAGGGGUAAAAAAGCAGCACAAAAUAUCUAUGCAAGUUCCCAAGAAAAGACGGGGGUUACGCUGCAGCUAUUGGGAGACUAUGCUCUGUAUACUUAGAAAGUACCUAGAUAGCAUUAAAAGGGAUUUACGUACGCAACCCUUAUGUAAAUAUAUUUGCAGCUAGAUGUAUAUGGAAAAUACUGCUCAAUUUGACAAUAAAAUAGACUUUUCUCCAACACUGUUGUGUUUAAACAGCUGUUACUGUGCAGACUAUCAGUGUUAGCGCUGCUCCAUGGCUCAUGUGUUUGUAGUAAUGUGUUAAAGGGCAACUAAAGUCAAAAAUAGAAUAAUGUUAGAAAUGCUGUAUUUUGUAUACUAAAUAUAAACAUGAACUUACUGCACCAGAAGCCUAAUUAAACAAAUGAUUUAUGCUUUUAAA